AUUAUGAAUAAUGUCAAUAAAUGUCGACAUUUUUACGAAAAUAAAGUGAUAUUAGCUCCGAUGGUUAGGAUCAGUUGUCUGCCAAUGAGGUUGCUGGCACUGGAGUAUGGAGCUGAUUUGGUUUUCUGUGAAGAAAUUAUUGAUCAUAAAAUGCUACAAUGUCGUCAGGUUCAAAAUGAAUUGUUAGGCACGACUGAUUUCCUUUGGAGCGAUGAUAGUGUCAUUUUUAGGACGUGCGAUUUAGAGAGAGACAAAGUCAUCUUUCAAAUUGGUACAUCUAGUGCGGACAGAGCCCUGAAAGUUGCCAAAAUGGUUGAAGACCAUGUGGCUGGAAUUGACAUAAACAUGGGUUGCCCUAAAGAAUUUUCUAUUAAAGGUGGUAUGGGUGCUGCUUUGAUGAGCCAGCCUGAAAAAUUUUCAGAGAUUCUGACCUCACUAGUUAAGAAUGUAAAGAAGCCAAUCUCGUGCAAGACUCGUAUAAAAUCGGAUCUAGAGGGCACAUUAGAGAUGAUGAAGAGAAUAGAGGCUACUGGAGUUUCCUGCAUAACCAUCCAUGGUAGAACCAAAGAAGAAAGGCCGAACGACGAAAAUCACGAUGACGUCAUAAGUCACGUCACGUGUCACCUGACAGUUCCGGUCGUCGCUAAUGGUGGUUCAUCUAUGAUAAAAACCUACAAAGAUAUCGAAGUUUUUAAAAAAUCGACAAACUGCUCCUCUGUCAUGAUCGGUCGGUCGGCCAUGUGGAAUCCGUCUAUUUUUAGGAAUCAGGGAUGUACUGACGAUGUUGAUGUCGUCAUUAGAAAGUUUUUGAAAUAUGCAAUUAAGUAUGACACAUUCCUAGCCUGUGUUAAGUAUUGCAUACAGCAAUUCAUGCAUGAAAAUCUCGAAUCGUACAAAGGCAGACAAAUGCUUAACUCCACUACAGUCAGGGAAAUAUGGUAG